AUGGCCGGAGCUAACCCUCCCAAACCCUCCUCCCACAAACCGUCAUCGUCCUCAUCCUCCCACCGCAAAACUCGCUGGGAAUCAAAUAACGCUAAACCCUCUACCGCUGCUAACCAUCCUUCACCAAAACCACCCUCCGCAGCCAUCAACAACCCUUCACCAAAACCCUCCAAUAAUCCCAAUAAAGACAACUCUUCUUCAACUCCAAAACCCAGAACAAACCCUAGCCCAAAAACUUCCGACCCAACUCCGUCCGGUCCUCCAUUCCCCUUCCCGGACCCUCCGCCACCUCCGGCUUAUGGUUUCCACAUGCUUGAUCGGAGAACUAUUGUUCUGGCCGACGGUUCCGUCCGAUCGUACUUCGCUUUGCCGCCUGAUUACCAAGAUUUUACGCCUCCGCCUAGGCCUGUGGGCCCUAAUGGCCGGUUAUUGCCUUCUGGGCCUGAAUUGCCCGGCCCGGGUUUAGGGUUUGAUAGAGGGGGUCGGCCCGAUCUUCGUGAUCGGGACGAUUUGUAUAUGCGAAAUCGGAACCAAGAUUACUGGAAUUCACUGGGGUUAGAUGGACGUGGUAACGGGCCAUUGCCGGGAUCACUUGAGAAUUCACUGAAGAGGAAGUUUGGGGAUGAGGAGAGAGAAGGGAGAGAGAGGAUUGAUAGGCAAAGACAACAACUUUUGCAGUAUGCUAAUAUGGGGUUGGAGAUUGGUCCGGGGACAAGUGGUGGAUACAUGGGGAGAGGCGAUGAAAUGAGGGCACCGAAGUAUAUGAGGACCGGUGAUAAUACCGGUCUUAAGCAUAAUGAGGUCGAUCAGAGCGCCUUAAAAAAGGCGUUUUUGAAUUUUGUGAAGGUAAUUUAUGAGAAUGUGAAUCAGAAGAAGAAUUACUUGGCGGAUGGAAAGCAGGGGCCUCUUCAAUGUGUCGCCUGCAGAUUUGUUAUCUGUUCAUUUGUGAUGUGGACAGAAGAAAGCGUUUAUUGGACGGACAUGUUUGUCGAGAACAGGUCUUCUAAAAUUUUUCCGGAUAUGCAUGGUCUUGUCAUGCACACGUACAACUCAGAUACUACAGACUUGAAUGUGGAUCACUUGGCCUUACACAAAGCUUUGUGUGUUCUCAUGGGGUGGAACUAUUUAAAGCCACCUGAUAACUCCAAGGCAUAUCAGUUAUUAUCUGCUGAUGAGGCAAUAGCAAACCAGGAGGAUCUCAUUAUUUGGCCGCCCACUGUGAUCAUUCAUAAUACGGGUACAGGAAAGGGUAGAGAUGGGCGUAUGGAGGGUUUGGGAAACAAAGCAAUGGAUAGUAAACUUAGAGUUUUAGAUGUUGUGCCUCCAAGAGAUAUUGGACAAGUUGGUGAUAGAAAUUCGAUGCCUUUGUCCUGCACUUAUAGAAAGUGCUUUGCUACCUGCUAA